GAUGACAGCACACUGUUACGAAUUACAUAUGAGAAGGUGUAAACAAUAUGCGCCAUAUAACAACCCCGUGUAUCGCAGGCACACACACACGUAACAAACACAUACAUGCCAUACACACUCCCACGCGAUCUGCGUGUCCUCGUACAUUGAUCAAUCGGCUAGUGACGCAUGCAGAACGUUCGGGUAUAUAAGCCAUCCACCAAAAAGCAGAGGCAUCACAUUCAGUUACUUUCAUCAGCAGCUGAUCUUCCAAAAGCUAUCAAAUCAACUAUGAAGUACUUCCUUGCUAUUCUCCUCUUGGCUUUCGUCGCCAUCUCUAUGGCGGUGGAGACUUCCGAAGGAAAGGCAAAAGAGUCGCAGGACGCUGAUGCCGCUAGGGAUAAGAGAGGCCUUUCAUCGUAUUAUUCACCAUACGCGUACGCCCCAUACGCAUACAACGCAUACAAUUUGCCAUACUCGUAUUCUGCCUAUCCCUAUUCUGCCUACCCCUAUUACAAUCAGCAUUACUACAAUUACCCCUAUUACAACCAGCUCUCUCACUAUUACUAACUCAAAAUGUUGGAAUCUACGAUGAUUCGGAAUUAAGAUAGGCACAAAAUGAGUCUUAUGAAAAUCUCAUUAUUACCUUAUGAAAAUCUUAUGGAAGUUGUUCUUGAAUUACAAUCUAAUCAAUCUCAAAACUUUUAGUGACUGCGAGCGUGUUUGCAUUUAAGUUCUUUGAUGUUAAUUUCGUUCUUCUAUGAUUAUUGUAAUAAUAAAAUUGCAUGAAAGAAACAAA